AUGUUCUUUCAGAAUUUUCCGGGUCCCCGAAAGAGAAAUCAACGAGUACCGGAUGACACAAGAAAUCAGCACUAUUCGAAUAGACAUAUGCUCGCUGAACAAGAAGCUUUCCUUCAUUCAUUGCAUGAUAUCAUUGCUAGACUGAAAAAUGACCAACUCCACGGAAGAAAAAUGUUGCUGAAGAAAAAACCAAAUUCUACGAGAUGGACUGAGUACGCAUUGAAAAAAGACGGAGAUGGAUACGUCUUGAACGAAGCAAACAAAAAAUUGAGAAACAAUUACGAAUACCAAGCGAUGGUUCGAAGACUCUCAAACCCUACAGUGCUACGAGACAAGAUGGUGGAUGACUUUAUUCAUUUGAUUCAUUCGAAGACUGAAUAUCACGAAUUGUUCAAGAAAUCGAGUGAUCAAGAAUUGCGAGAUAUUCUUGAAGAAAUGAUGGAGAAAUAUGCAUCGGAAAAAUUUUUGAAAAGCGAACUUCACGAGAGACUGAAAACGAUUUGGUCAUAUUUCGAGAAGACCGUCAAUCCAUUGAAGGAAAGCAGAAGUCGCUUGAACGAUCUGCUUAAUGAGAUCAUUGACUUCAAAACAAUGUUUCCUUGGCGUCCAACUGUUAUUGAUGAAUUGGAAAAAAAUCGGAAUGAAAUGGCGUGGAAUCUUCAGUACCCUGAGUUUUUCAAAUCAAUGAUGAAGCUUAUCAAAUUAGUGUUCGAAAAAACCGAUUCGCAUUCUGAUGCUAAAAACAACACAAUUAACGUGACGUCGCCAAUCGAAUCUUCUUCUCGAAACACUACAGAUUCUAUCAAAAUUGUGGUGAAUGGAACAAGAAGCUCAAUCGGUCCGAAUUCUCAAGUGACAGCUUACACCACAAUGACAUACACCACUGCACCGAAAAACUUUUCCACUAGCGUCAAGAAGUCUACUCACAAACCUAUUAUUUUUAACACAACUGCUAAAGCUUCACCAACCACGCAAAAAUUGUCUAAGAAGACUACUAAAUUGACUACUAUUACCACGAAGAGGCCAAUUAGUACUUCCGGAAUCCCCACUACCACUAUCAAGACAACAACUGUGAAUAAAACAGCCAAUACUGUUCAAACAACAAAAAAGGCGAGAUCGCGAAGUAGCAACCCUGAGGGCGAGAAGAAAUUUCCGAAAGGGCAAUUAGGAAAUUAUCGUGAAUAUGAUGACGCAAUCGUUGGAGCCAAAUUAAACGUCACCAAAGAAAAGCCUUCAACUGCUUCGACAACAACGACAACAUUGGCACCACCGAUUAAAACGAAAACGUUGAAAUCAUCUGUGCCGAAGAAGUUGAAAAAGAUUGACGACAGUAGCAUAAUGACUCGUAAAUUUAAAAAUUACAAUUAA